AUGCGAAAUUUCUUGAUAUACUCCCUUAUGGCUGUCUCAGCCACUGCAGAGAAGCUCCUCUACAGAAACACCUUCAACAGCAGCGAUGCCAUCGCAGACUGGGUUGCUGAAGGCCCAGUCAAAGCAUCCAUCUCAAACAACACCCUCGAACUAACCGCGUCUUCCGACUUUGUCUACUGGGUCCCAGAGGUAUUUCCCGAGCGCAUCCGGAUCAGCUGGGAAUUCUCGCCCAUUGAAGAACCCGGUCUGGCCAUCAUCUUCUUCGGCGCAGCUUCUGCCGAGGGUGGCAGCAUUUUCGACAAGGGUCUCAAGCCCCGCAACGGCUCUUAUCCGCAAUACCACUCCAGCGAUAUCCGUACUCUGCACGCUUCAUACUUUCGACGUCGAUGGCCUGAGGAGAGGGCAUUCCAUCUAGCGAACUUGCGAAAAUCGCCGGGUUUUCACCUCGUUUCUCAGGGUGCUGACCCGCUCCCGGAUGUGGAGGACACACAGGGUGCUUAUUACAAAGUCGAAGUCAUUCACGAUAAGCGAGAUAUCACCUUCUUGAUCAAUGGACUGGAGAUCUUUUCUUGGGAGGACGUGGAUCGCUCGACAGGGCCGGUUGUGCGUGGGGGAAGGAUUGGCUUUAGGCAGAUGAACCCUCUCGUUGCGCGAUACCGUAAUUUGGAGGUUUGGAAACUAUAG